AUGGCUCCCCUCCACUUAGGUGCACUUGUCUACGACUAUCAAGCUAUAGAUGUCUUGGGCCCAACAGACCUCCUCAACUCUGCCACCAAGCCAUACAUCCAAACCCUAUCUGGCCAUUUGAAGGUCGACCAAGACACAAUCUCUCGCGCCCCAGAGUUCGUCUUUCAUCACAUCGGCAUCACUCGCGAAACUUUUGUUCUUGAAACAAGUAACAUUCCGAUUGUCCCGACUACAACCGUGGACGAAUGCCCCGAACUUGACAUCCUUCUCCUCGGGGGUCCGGAUCCCAUGAACUUUGAGCUUCAUCCCAAGUACGCCGAGUUCAUCCAAAAGCACGUCGCAGCUGGAAAGCUUCUCUUCACCACUUGCACUGGAGCCAGCGUCGCUGCGGCAGCGGGUGUACUUGACGGCAAGAAUGCGACAGUCAACCACGGUGCUAUUCAGCCUCUCAGACAGAAAUUUCCGAACGUCAAGUGGACUGAUGAGAAGAAAUGGAUUGUCGAAGGGAACAUUUGGACUGCGGGCGGUGCAGUUGCCGGAAUGGACAUGUUUGCGCAUUGGAUCAAGGAGAACUUUGGAAUGGAUAUCAUGGUUUUGGCUGCCUCGAUGUUGGAUUAUGAGCCGAGGGACGUUGAUGGUAUUUUGAACGUCAUUCCGAAGAGGUAUGAUGAAAAUGGCAAGCAGUUGCAGACUCAUGUUUUCAAAUAGAAAAUGGUAUCAGUGCCUGUCAAGACCAUCCUAAACGGCAUUAGUCGAGAUACCAGGGCAGGCCAAGUCAUCAAAGGGAGGAUUGAACCAGUGAAAUCUUGUCCAUUGCAUAUUGGGUCAUUUCAUGACAGGGUAUAUAACAUAUCUAAAUCAAAUCCCAUCUCCUC